AUGACGAACGAUGCGGCCAGUUCCGAGACGCGCUCAAUUAAGGCCAUGGACGCGCUUUCUGCGCAUAGAAUUACGUCUGGUCAGGUAGUAAUCGACCUUCAGACCGCUGUGAAAGAACUUGUUGAGAAUAGUUUGGAUGCUGGGGCGACAAGCAUCGAGGUACGGUUCAAGGACCAUGGUCUCGACAGCAUUGAAGUUAUUGAUAAUGGUACCGGAAUUGCGUCCGCAGACUAUGAUGUUGUCGCUCUGAAACAUCACACUUCAAAACUAUCCUCUUUCGAGGAUCUGAGCUCUGUGACCACGUUUGGCUUUCGUGGCGAAGCCUUGGCCUCUCUCUGUGCUCUCAGUGGCUCCGUUACCAUCGCUACGGCGACUGCGAGCACGGCGCCUGUUGGUACCAUCUUAGAGCUGGACAGGCUUGGCCGGGUGUCGAGCCGCAACGGAAAACUUGCCCGCCAGAAGGGCACGACGGUGACUAUUUCCGGCAUAUUCAAACCACUGCCCGUGCGGAGGAAAGAAUUUGAGCGCAAUGCUAAGCGUGAAUUUGGAAAAGCAUUGAACUUGCUGAACGCUUAUGCACUCGUCCCAUGCUCUCAUGAAAAUGGUGGUGUCAGACUCGUUGUAUCCAAUCAGCUGAACGGGCAAGUACAUGUGCACGGAAGUGCCCACAGCCGUAGAUCUGUUCAACUUCGCACGGACGGGUGCACUUCUCUCAGCGCAUCAAUAUCCACUCUCUGGGGUCCCAAGACACUGGAAAAUCUUGUGGAGCUGGAUUUGGCUUUCGAAGUCGAGACUGAGAAGUCCGUCCUGCGCAGGCAAAAUGCGGGUACUACUGAGACGUAUGCGACUGUCGUCGUACGGGGUAUGAUCUCCAAAUUCACACUCAACUGCGGGAGAAGCACAUCAGACCGACAGUUCCUUUUCAUCAACGGUCGUCCAUGCAGUCUGACGAAGGUCCAGAAGGCCUUCAACGAAAUUUACCGCACGUUUAACGCCGCUCAGGCACCUUUCGUUGCGGCAAAUUUCACGCUGCCAAACGGUUCGCAUGACAUCAACGUCAGUCCCGACAAGCGAACGAUCUUCAUUCACAGCGAAGAUAACCUGGUGCAGACUUUGAAGGUAAAAGCGAAGCGAUGA